UGGCAUCCGGUACGACAGCAACGCUGCCACCGCAAGGAAGCAUUUGGUGUAUUUUCAUAAAAAUGUGACCUAGCGAUCAGUGUGAUUGCAAUCGAUGCAUCAAUCGACUUAUCUUUUUGAUUUGUUACACGCCUCUAGGUAGAUUGACAGAAUAACAACAUGGAUCCCCGUAAUAUCAAAUGUAGACAGUCACUGAAGCAGAAAAGAAUGCAAGAAGAAAAAGACAAUGGUGCUGAGGAAGAUGAAGAUUCUGAAAAUGAUAUGGAAAUAGUUAUGAUAAGGGAAUCACCCUUGGAUCGCAGUGGAAGAUUGUCCAGAAGAGGCAAGGCAAUUGAUAGGAAAAAAUUGGUUGACCAGGAACUGCAAGCAUGCGGUAUUGAUGCAGAUAACCUGGAAGAGGAUGAAAAAGAAGAAAUGAUUAAAGCAUUACGUAUGUCCAAGCAGCAAGCAGCUAAAGAGGAAAAGUACAGAGAACAUGUAAGAGACCAAAAAAUGAAAGUAGUAAGCCAUCUAAAUGCCAACAUUAGUGUGCAAGAGUCUCAGUCACUUGAAGAAGGUGGUGAAAAAGAUUCGAAGCAGUGCAAGUCUACUGAGUCUGCUCAAAAACAAGAGCAAACAUUGGGAGCAAGGAGAAGUAAUAGAAAAAUAAUGCAAGUUUCACAAAUCCAGGUCUCAGGGUCUAAACAAAAGGAUGAUGUAGAGGAAGAAGACAUUGUGAUGGAAAAAAUUGUUCCAACAAGGACUGUCUCAAGGCUUUCCAAGAAAAUUAUAGCAAAGGAAAUGAAUAUAAGUGCUUCCACAGCUAUAAAGCAAACACAGGGUAAUACUCCAACUUCACAAGAGAAAUUAGAAAAGGAUGAUGUUGAUGAUGGUGAUGAUGAUGAUGAUGCCACACAGCCCAUGGACCUAGAGGACCUCUCCCCUGAUUUAUUUUCAACACAACAGGAUGACCAUCAGAUUGGAGGUGAGAUCAAGUCUGUUCCAGAGAGUGAUGAAGAAACCUUGUCACCUAGCCUGAGUCCAAGGGGAACUGUGGAGAAUGUAAAUACAUCUGAGACACAGGAAUAUAACAGUCAAGAGUGCCCCAAGGAAGAUGGUGAUACUAAGGCGCAGCCAAGAAAGAGGAAAUCAAAUGAUUCUGAUCAGCAAAAAGCUGCAAAGAUAUCUCGAGGAGAGGAGGCUUUUAGCUUUAGGCCUAACUCAGCUGAGGUAUCUAGUGGAACAUACAGUCCAAGUGAAAGUCAGGAAACCCCAACACCUUCCCCUGUGACUGUGAAAUUAGUAAAUCGAAAAAGUCUCAAAAGGAAGCUUCUGUAUAAAGGACCGUCCUAUUUUGCACCAGUAGGUGUAGAUCCAUUAACCUAUACAAAAGUCAUCGUGCAGUUGUUUGAUCAAUAUAGAGUACUGUUGCGAGAAUCCCAGCACAACUUGACUGAACAGUUGUCUUGGGGCAAGCCUGUUGAAGUAGGUAGACAUAUGGAGAAUACAGUGGGACUGUAUAAGCGUGGAGGUGAAAAAAAUUUGAAUUUUGGACUUGAAGAGGAAAAAGAUGUGCAAGAUGUGGAGGAUGAAACUGAAGUGGAAGAACCUCAAAAGGUUCAAAAGCUCCGUAGCAUUAAUUCAAAUGUCCAGGUUGACUCGUCACAGUUAAAACAAACAUCCAGGCUGCGUGGUAGACAAAAUGAACCCUCAUCAACUGCAACAAGUAGUAGUAAAUGGACAUAUGAUGAGAAAUAUGUAUUCCCUGAUGAGACGAGUGGUGACAUGGACAGUGAAUAUAGAUUCAAGAGUCUUGGAAGAAAAUCUAGAAAACCAAAGAUAAGAAUAGAUGCUGAAGAGGAUCUUCCAGAGUUAAUAACUGAUGACAGUACUCAAGGAUUUCAAUCAAAUUCAUCUAGUCAGGAUAAUCCAGUUCCUCCUACAGAUAUCAGUCAUGAAGACAACAUGUACAGGCAGUUGGGGUUUGAAGAUUUUGAAAACUCCAAUGACAUCCCAGUCACAGUUCAAGAAGAAGGAAGGACAAUUUCAAAGAAAUGUAUUUCCCAGAAGAACGAAAAUAACACAUCCUUAAGACUGUCAAGAUCAAAAUUAUCCACUAGAAAGACAAAGAUUGAAUUGAUUGAAGAAACUGUACCAGAAUCACUUAUAGAAGUUGAAAACUCUAACAUUGCCAAAAAACCAAAGCUAAGAGAAACAGAAAAAUCUGUUGACACAAUGACUUAUGUCCAACCUGGUGAAACACUUGAUGUCGAUGAUGAUUAUGAUGAGAAUUAUGAUGACUACUUUGCUGGUGCUAAGCAGUUAGUUGUUACAUCCACACAAAAGUCAGAGCAAAUAGGAUCAGAUUCCCCCAUCUUUUCAGGUGACAGCAGAGAUUUCAGCCUUGGAGUUUCUAACUCCAAGCAAUUCUCAGCAUUGUUUGAUAGUUUUAAUGAAAAUGAUGUUGAUGCUGGCAUCACCAGAAGGAGGACAUCAGCCUUGAAGUCUGAAGAUUUAGAUGUGCCAUUAGCAAGGAGGACUGCAAAAAAUGUCUCCAAAAAUGAAAUUAAGGAAGAUGAAAAACUGAUGGAGGAAAAGUCUUUGUUAAAACAGCAAUGCAAAGGAGAGACCUCUGGAGAAAAUGAUGUGAAAGUUAAGGGAGAUAAAACAAAAUACAAGCCAAAAUCCAGAGACUUUCAUUCCCAAGAUGAUAGGCAACUUUCUCAAGACGAUAAAAGGGAAGUUUCAGAGGACCAGGAUAGAACAUUCCAGUGCCCAGUAUGUGGUGUGUACUUCCCCAAGACUAGGAUUGAAGAACAUGUGGAUAGGUGCCUUGAUGGAGCUUCAGAAGACACUGAAGAAGACAGGGGGGUCCAUGUAGUCAGUGAACAGUUGCGUGUUAAACCAGUUGUGAAGACCUUUGAAAGAAAAACAGUGGACAAUCCUCCAACAAGAAGUAACAAUGUUGAACAAGACUUCAUUUGCCAAGAUUCUGGAUCAGAAAGUGAUUGGGCUGAUGGCAAAGAAGCAAAAAUAAUGAUAAAGGAUGAUCUUAGCAGCAGUGAUGAUUCCAUAGAUGCCAGAGCAAUCAAAUCAAGAAAGAAUAAAAAGAAAGGAGAUCAAUUUAGUGAGAGGAAAACACAGAAGAGAGAGCCCACACAGGCUUGCAUAAUAUGCAAUGCAAAGGUGCCCCAGUCCAAGUUUGAAGAACAUGUAGGUCUCUGUUUAGAUGAACAGGAGAGAGGGCAGCAGGUGCAGCCAGAACCCAGAGUGACUAGGCAGGCCUCGCCCAGAUUGGCACAGCAAAGAAAAAAGAGGCACCAAGAGGUUAAAGGUGAAGAAGGCAUAGGACACAGUGGACAAAGCACAGGGCAGUGGCUUAGUACAGACAAAAAUGACAGUGAUGACUUUGUGGAGACAAAAUCCUUGUCUAGUGUGAAAAAAAGACAGUCCUAUGCCAAUGGUAAAAGCCUUAAACUGCAAGCAAAUGCUGCAACUAAAACGGUUUGUGAAAAAAACAAUGACAGUGACAGAGUUAAGAACAUGGAUAAUGAGGGUGAGGAGGAAAAUGCACUUGCCGUAAAUGAGGAUGAGGAUGCACUGGCAGAAAGUGAGGAAGAGGAUGAAGAGGAGGAUGAACUGGCAGUAAGUGAGGAAGAGGAUGAUAGUGAAAACACUGGAUCAUCUGACACUGCAACGGAUAGCUCUGACUGUGAAAUAAUUGAAAAUAUUCCUUUAAAACAUUAUUUAAGAGAAAAGCCAGAUAAGACUGAAAAGUCUUCUUUCAACUUUGAAGAAAUUGAAAACUCUCCCAUCAAAAGUUUCAAAAAGAUCAGUCAUCAGUCCAGUACUCUAAUAGAUUACAAUAACCAGUUUCGUAAAUCAGCAAGUGGUGUGAAAAGACGCUUAGUAGAUGGCUCAAACAAAGGUCCAAGAAAGCGAAGGAAAGGCAGUACACAGGGCAGGAGAAAAAGAAAGAGAAAAAGGAAGAGUCGGGGAAAGACUGGAAAAAAUGUCACUCAAAAUAUGGAACAGAAAAAGAACUUGCCAGUUGCUACCAAAAUGGAAAAUUGGGUUAAGUGGAAAAUGUGACAAGGGGUGUUUCUUUUAAGAUGAUAAAAUUGAAGUGCCAAUCAACUUAUAGUUAAAACUUGUUGCUGAUCUAAGAUCUUCUUUAAGACCCAAAAGUUUUAAAACUGUUGAGAAUAUGAGACUACCCUACCUGUGAUUGUUGGAAAUAAAUUGACAUUAUUGUGACACACACAUUAUACACUGUGCAGAGGAUAUCUCCUCAAGCAAAUAUGGCAUAUUGGCACUGCU